CGUGGGUCCUCCAUGCUUCUGCGUUACAUGACAGUAGCAGCGGCUCCAGCAGUAGCAGAAGGGCAGCAUGCGGGUCUUUAACCGGGUCCAGCAGGAGCUGAGGUGUGCGGGCGGGCUGUGUGUGGAGUGAUCGGGAGGCAGGGCGGUGGGUCUGUUGGGUUUGGGGCUCUGCAGGCCGCUGGGGGGGCUUGAUUAGUGAGCGGUGAGCUGAUCUGAUAGCCUAGCCUGAGUUAUCUGUACCUACAGGAGGUGUGUGUUCACCUUCAGACCUACAGCAGAGAACAUGAGCUCCCCGUCCAGCUCCACCUCCAACCCGGCAGCGGUGUCGGUGCCUGGACACCUCCAGCGCCUCUUCAGCCACGUGAGGGUGGAGAACCUGGUCGCAGGGCUCAGUGGAGGGGUGGUGUCCACCAUGGUGCUGCACCCUUUAGACCUGGUCAAGAUCAGGUUUGCAGUGAGUGACGGUUUGGAGCUGAGGCCGAAGUACCACGGCAUCUGGCACUGCAUGAAGAGCAUCUGGCAGCAUGAGGGUCUCCGAGGGUUGUACCAGGGCGUAACCCCCAACGUCUGGGGUGCAGGAGCUUCAUGGGGCCUCUAUUUUUUCUUUUAUAACGCCAUCAAGGGUUACGCCAAGGAGGGUCGCCAGACAGAACUCAGUGCCACCGAGCACCUGGUGUCGGCAGCAGAAGCAGGGGCGAUGACCCUCUGUAUAACAAACCCCAUCUGGGUGACCAAGACGCGGCUGGUGCUUCAGUACAGCACGGAUCCAAGCAGGAAGCCAUAUAAGGGCAUGGUGGAUGCGCUGGUGAAGAUAUACAGACAGGAAGGAAUACCUGGACUUUACAGGGGGUUCGUUCCGGGUUUAUUCGGCACGUCUCACGGAGCGCUGCAGUUCAUGGCGUACGAGGAGCUGAAGAGAGACUACAAUAAAUACAGACAGAUGCCUUCAGACGCAAAGCUGAACCCGCUGGAAUACAUUACCAUGGCGGCUCUGUCCAAAAUCUUCGCAGUGGCCACCACUUACCCGUACCAGGUGGUCCGGGCGCGCCUGCAGGAUCAGCACAAUAGUUACAGCGGGGUGGUGGAUGUCGUCAGGAGGACGUGGAGACACGAGGGUCCUCUGGGCUUCUAUAAAGGCAUGGUGCCCAACCUGAUCCGAGUGACCCCGGCAUGCUGCAUCACGUUCGUGGUUUACGAGAACGUGUCCCGCUUCCUCCUGGGCCAGAACAAAUGAGGUAGAGACCGGGGGGCGACAGCACUGAGCUAACCCAGAGCGAGGGCACUGGCCUUGGGGGAGAAGACCUGGAGCAGUGCCCCCUCACCCUCUCCUGGGCCGGGCCUGGUAGACGCACCCGUCAGCAGAAGAUGCAGCAGGAGGGUCAGAGGUCUUUGUGAAAGAAUCAGUGUCCAGUAGAUAAUGGACACGAUGUGGAUUUUUCUGCUGGUAGAACAUGGACUUUAUGGAGUGCAGGAGAACCGGUGCUGCUUCGUUUUCAUUAAAAAGGUGAAAUAGUGUGUUUGUGCGACCCAAACAGAACCAAGGGCCAUGAAUGCAUGCUAAACUAUAAACCAUAAACCAUCACUGGAUUGUUAGUCUUGAAACAGUGCCAAAAAAACAAAUGUUUCGUUUACGUAAUGUUUCAUUAAAGACUGUGAGUUAUUUAAGUCAUUUUUUACAGAGAUAAAUAGUGUGAGAUAACAAUUAUAGAUAAGUUAAGUGUAGUGGAGAGCAGGGCACAAACUAACCCACUAAAAAUUAGAAUAUCAUAAAAAAAAGUGACUUUAUUUCAGUAAUUCAAUAAAUUCAAUAAAUGUAUUUUUUCGUUGAUGAUUAUGGAUUACAGCCAAUGAAGACCCAAAAAUCAGUGUCUCAGAAAAUUAGAAUAAUAUAAAAAAACAAUUGGUACUUUUGGCUGUGUGGGCAGUGUGCCAAGUCCUGCUAGAAAAUGAAAUCUGCAUCUCCAUAAAAGUUGUUAGCAAAAGAUAUGUUAAUUUAAAAAAAAAAGACACUGAUUUUUAGGUUUAUAUUGGCUUUAUAGCCAUAAUUAUCAACAAUAAAAGAAAUAAACUCUAACAAUAGAUCACUCUGUGUUUUAAUACAUUUAUAUAAUAUAUCAGAUUCACAUUUUGAACUGAAUUACUAAAAUAAAGUAACGUUUUAAUGAUAUUCAAUUUUUUAAAGAUGCACUAGUAUUUUUGCUGAAUAAUCGUAAAAAUAUUUAAGUGAGAUUAAUGUUUUUAUGUUUUACACAUAUUUGCUCCAAUAGAACAUGUCACAUUUGUGUACAAUUUUUGCAUAAUUCAGUUAAAAGUGACAGGAAUGCAAACUUGCAAAUCGUUCCAAAUUUAAUACAGUUUUAAUGUCUUUAUCUAAACUUAAAUACAUCUUUAACGAUCA